GGCAGACUGUGUUAGCGGAAGUCUACACAGCAUUGGAUCUGACAGGCCCCCGCUUUUAAGUAGGUAGGACGGGUCUGGAGAGCGCAGUCAGCUGAGAGGAGCCUGGCAUCAUGGAGAAGCUGUUUGUCUUGGUCUUUGCUCUCGCCCUGCUGGCUUUCUCCUCAGAUGCCUCCCCGAUUCUGACAGAAAAGCAGGCAAAACAGCUCCUGAGGUCCAGGCGACAGGACAGGCCCAACAAACCUGGAUUCCCGGACGAGCCCAUGCGGGAGUAUAUGCAUCAUCUCCUGGCCCUGGAGCACCGUGCUGAGGAGCAGUUUCUGGAGCACUGGCUGAAUCCUCACUGCAAGCCGCACUGUGACAGGAACAUUGUCCAUCCUGUGUGAAGGACCUGGGGCCAGCUCGCUUGAAGCUCCUGACGGCCUUCCUGCCAGUUCGCAAGUGUAGGCAGAACGCCAGACCUGCCUUAGAAGAGGGAAGUGCAUCACGUGGGGCUGCUGAGUUUCGGGUCAUCUGCGUUUUCCUUUCUUUGCUGAACUAAUAAAGGCCAGUGCUUAGUCUUUCUGUGCAUCUCUUUCCUAUGA